AUGGGAGGAUUUUUGUCCAAUCUGACGCCGGAGGCCAAUACCCAAGUGCUCAAUGCCACGUGUGGACCCAUUCGAGGAAACAUCUACAAGCACGUGAGUUAUUCACAGUGUUGAUAAGCCUGAAAUGCUGAUGUGCCUACCAUUGUAGCCGAACGAAACUGUGGACGGCUACCUCGGUAUUCCCUUUGCCAAACCGCCUGUUGGCGAACUUCGCUUCAAGAAGCCAGUUGCGGCCGAAGUGUGGGCUGAACCGAGAGAUUGCUAUCAAUACGGACCGGCAUGUGUUCAAACUGGAGGGUUCGGAGAUGUGAGCUAAUUCAAAGCAUCAUGAAAAGUUUGAAAACGUUUUAAGAUUGCUCCGCCACGAAUCCCGACUCCUGAAGAGGCUGGAUGCUUGACCCUGAAUGUAUUUGCUCCGAGAACUCCUUCUACUGAAUUUGUAAGUUUGAUUGAUUCCUGUAUCAUCUACGAUGAUCUAUCAUCAAAAGUGUUCAGAAGAAUGGAAGGCCAGUUAUGGUAUUCAUUCAUGGCGGAGGCUUCGAAUUGUCUUCGUCGUCGGAUUACCACGAUUACUCGCUUUCCGGGUUGGUUUUUAGUUCAAUUAAUUCCAAAAAUGUAUUUUGCAGAACACUUCCUCUGAAAGACGUCGUCGUCGUGACUAUCAACUAUCGUCUCGGUGUUUUUGGAUUCAUGACGACUGGAGAUGAAGUAUGCCACGGAAAUCUGGGUCUUUGGGACCAAACUCUUGCUCUCAAAUGGGUCCAGAAACACAUUGCCUCGUUCGGAGGAGACGCCAACACCGUGACCGUUUUCGGACAAAGUGCCGGCGGAGCAAGCACGGAUCUUCUGUCCUUGAGCCCACAUUCAAGAGGUAAACUGUGCAUUUCAACAUCUUUGUGAACAUCCAAUCUCUCAGAUCUUUUCAAAAGAUUCAUCCCCAUUUCUGGCUCCGCGCACUGCGAUUUUGCCCUGAGAACCGCCACAAAUCAGGCGAAAAUCUCUAGAGAAUUCGCAGAGUAUCAUGGUUUCACGGGAGGAGAUUCAAACGACCUUCUGGAGUGGUAUCAGAAACAGUCGGCAGAUGUUCUCUCCGACGUGAAAGGAUUCAAGAAGACAGUCUCCGGAUUCCUCACUUUCAUUCCCAAUUUGGACGGAGACUUUUUCACGAAACCAAUCGACGAUCUGAAAAAGAGGCACCAAAGAGACAGAUUAUGACUGGAGUUGACGAGUAUGAGGGACUCAUUUUGGGUUAGAAUCUUGAAAUUCACUUUGCAAUUCAAACAUCAUUUCCUUUUCAGGUCUCAUGAACCCUGCUUUCUCUCCGGCCGAUACUGGAUUGAAGCUCACUCCGAUCGGGAUCUACGGACCGGAUGUGGUCACGAAUCCAGAGGAGACACAGAAGAAGUUCUACGAAUUCUACACGGACGGAGUGGAUAAGUCAGAUGAAGAGGCAAUGAAGAAGAAGUUGGUGGAGGCUGUCGGCGACGAGUUUUUCAACGUCGGAGUGCUGCAAGCGGUCAAGGCAGCGGCCAAGCACGGAAAUGAUGUGUACUUCUACAGUUUCGAGUACGCGAAUCCAAAAGGAUUCGGAAUGUUCGAAGGAAUGAUUCCAUUCACAGGUACCCAGAUCCCUUCUGAUGAUGCCACGUGGCAAACUUCCAGCUGCCACUCACUGCACGGAGCUCCGUUAUUUGCUCGGAGAGGGAGUUUACAGCAAGUUCGAGCCAUCCGAUGAGGACCUCAAACUGCUCGACAUAACAACCACUCUGUUUUCCAACUUUGCCAAAUACGGGUACUGAUAACGAUUGAUAAGAGUGCUUUUCAAAAAAGUGAUGAAAUAUUUCAGAAACCCGAACGGAAAGUCGCCUGGCGACUGGGAGAAGUACAGUCUCGAGUUCCCGGAGAGACACUUCCGCAUCUCGUAUCCGACUUGUGAAAUGCGAGAUGUCUAUCAGGGCGGAAGGAUUCCGUUUUUGGAGCAGUUGGACGGAGAGAGCAUCAAGUACCAGGAACUCGUGUUCGGAAAGAAGUAG